AUGCCAGAGGAGGCCUUCUUCCUCUCCUUUGGCCUUGGGGUUCUGGAAAUCACGGAUCCUGCGUCUGGCAGAGUGCUGUCGCGCCAAGACCUCUUUAAUCUGUUCCGGCAAUACUCUUACUUCCCUCCCCGAAACGGUCCAGACGAGCCUGACCUCGAGCCCGAUGACGGAUUCCUUGUCCAUUAUGCCGUGUACCAUCACUUCCGAUCUUUGGGGUGGGUGCCUCGAGCGGGCAUCAAAUUUGGAGUCGACUGGCUGCUGUACGCCAGGGGACCGGUGUUUGACCAUGCCGAGUUUGGACUGAUUGUGAUCCCCUCGUACUCAGAUGCUUGGUGGAAAAAAGAGGGCAAACAAGGCCCUCGGAAACCGUGGUCAUGGCUGCACAGCGUUGUACGAGUCCUGUCCCACGUCACCAAGAGUUUGGUGCUGAUCUACGUGGAUGUGCCGCCUCCUCACAAGUUUGAAGAAGCGCUCAAGGAUGGCAUCACGGAGGCCAUGAAGUUGUACAAGGUCAGAGAGGUCAUGGUAAAGAGAUGGUCGAGCAAUCGAAACCGAUGA